AUGUCGUCCAUGGUGCGUUCGCAGGAGCCGCCUUUGGACCUGCGUGUCGGCAACAAGUACCGCAUCGGCCGCAAGAUUGGCUCGGGCUCGUUUGGUGAUAUCUACCUCGGCACUAACAUCAUCUCGGGUGAAGAGAUCGCCAUCAAGCUCGAGAGUGUCAAGGCCAAGCACCCUCAGCUUGAGUAUGAAGCCCGCGUCUACAAGUCUCUUGCUGGCGGUGUCGGCAUUCCCUUUGUCCGCUGGUUCGGCACUGAGUGCGACUACAAUGCCAUGGUUCUCGACCUUCUCGGUCCCAGUCUUGAGGACCUUUUCAACUUCUGCAACCGCAAGUUCUCCCUGAAGACCGUCCUGCUGCUGGCUGACCAGCUCAUCUCCCGUAUCGAGUACAUCCACGCCAAGUCCUUCAUCCACCGCGACAUCAAGCCCGACAACUUCCUGAUGGGCAUUGGCAAGCGUGGCAACCAGGUCAACGUCAUCGACUUCGGUCUCGCCAAGAAGUACCGCGAUCCCAAGACGCACUUCCAUAUCCCGUACAGGGAGAACAAGAACCUGACCGGCACGGCCCGUUAUGCCUCUAUCAACACCCACCUUGGUGUCGAGCAGUCCCGCCGUGAUGAUAUGGAGUCGCUCGGCUACGUCAUGCUUUACUUCUGCCGUGGCUCCCUCCCCUGGCAGGGUCUGAAGGCUGCCACCAAGAAGCAGAAGUAUGACCGUAUCAUGGAGAAGAAGAUGACCACUCCCACCGAUGUGCUCUGCCGUGGCUUCCCUAAUGAGUUUGCCAUCUACCUCAACUACACCCGGUCGCUUCGCUUCGAUGACAAGCCUGACUACAGCUACCUGCGCAAGAUCUUCCGUGACUUGUUUGUUCGCGAGGGAUUCCAAUACGACUACGUCUUUGACUGGACCGUCUACAAGUACCAAAAGAACGCUCAAGCUAUCGCUCAGGCGGCGAACAACGGGAACCAGAACGAGGAUGAGCGCCAGAAGCAGCAGCAGCAGCAGCAGGCCGCCAAGCAAGCUCCGGCGGCCCUGCCUCGUGCAACGCGCAAGCAAAUCACCGAUACCCCGGAUGCCUCCCGCGCCCUUCCCGGCAGCGACAGGAUGCUGCGCUCGGCUGCUAGGGCUCAGGACCCUGGCAUGGGAUACAACAAGUACAGGCCCAUGGAGUGA